AUGUUGGACAAUCCGCUGCUGGACGAAUGUGAGGCACCAGCUGCUGCUAAGCCGCAACCUGCAGCAGCAGCAGCAGCAGCAGCAGCAGCAGCAGCAGCAAAGGACCUAGACCUUCAGAUUGAGCCUGCAGCAGCUGCGUCAGGCUUGGAAAAUGUUGGGAGCAACAGCAGCAGCAGCUGCAGCAGCAGCAAAGAGAAGUUAAUCACGCCUGACAACGGCACCAAGCCCUGUGCAGCAGCAGCAGCAGCAGCAGCAGCAGCAGCAGCAGCAGCAGCAGCAGCAGCAGCAACUGUGGGGCCCGGCAAGAAUGGGGAAGAGCAGCAAACCAAAAAGAGACCUGCUGAAGGAGGCAUUCGGCACAAGCCGCGGCAGCGGAAGAGAUCCAGGGGAGAAAAGAUAAGGCAGCACAAGCAGCGCGUGCAGCAGCAGCUGCAGCAGCAGCAGCAGCAGCAGCAGCAGCAGCAGCAGCAGCAGCAGCAAGACAAGGGGGACCCAGCAGCCACUGCAGCUGCCGAAGAACCGCCCAAAAUCCCGCGUCCUCCGAAGAAGAAGUUUGUGCUGCUCAUCGGGUACAACGGGCUGAAGUUCCACGGCUUCCAGAAGCAGCUUUUGCUGCAGGGCCCCUCUGGCGCGGACUCUGAGGACUCAGGGGCUGAGGACCCGCAGCCGCAGCCGCAGCAGCAGCAGCAGCAGCAGCAGCAGCAGCAGCAGCAGCAGCAGCAGCUGCGGACAGUGGAGGGCGAGCUGGAGCUGGCGCUGCUGCGCUGCGGCAGCAUCGCUCCCGCUCACUUCGGCUGCCUGCAGCAGCUGCACUGGUCUCGAGCAGCAAGAACUGACAGGGGGGUGCAUGCAGCAGCAGCAGCAGUGGCUCUCCGGCUUUCUCUGGGGCCUGUCUGCUUCAGCAGCAGCAGCAAGGGCUGCCCCCAGCAGCAGCAGCAGCAGCAGCAGCAGCAGCGGGAGGGGCAGGGCGAGCAGCAAGGGGGCCACGCACAGCCGAACCACGUGCACGCGCAGCAGAACGGCCUGCAGCAGCAGCACAACAACCCGCUGCUGCUGCAGCAGCAGCAAGAGCAGCAGCAGCAGCAGCAGCAAGAGCAGCAGCAGCAGCAGCAAGAGCAGCAGCAGCAGCAAGAGCAGCAGCAGCAAGAGCAGCAGCAGCAGCAAGAGCAGCAGCAGCAGCAAGAGCAGCAGCAGCAGCAGCAAGAGCAGCAGCAGCAGCAAGAGCAACAGCAGCAGCAAGAGCAGCAGCAGCAGCAGGCGAGCGACGGGGAGGAAGAGGAGCAGUUUUUGUCGCAGGGUGUACAGACACUUGACAAAGAAUCCGUUGCUUUGUGGCAGCAGCAGCGGCGGCUUUUGCUGCUGCAGCGGCUGCAGCAGCAGCUGCCGAGUGACAUUUGCUGCUUCGACAUAGUUCCUGUCACCAAGAACUUCGACGCGAGAGUUAGCUGCUCCCGCAGGGUUUAUGAAUAUGUGCUGCCGCUGUGGCUGCUGCAGCCAGCAGCAGUUCGGGGGGACCUGCUGCGCUGCCACGCCCGCUGCAUGCAGGCAGACGCAGCAGCAGCAGCAGCAGCAGCAGCAGCAGCAGCAGCAGCAGCAGCGGGUGAAGCAGCGGAGCCGGACGCAGCGGCGACGACCAGCACAAAAGAAGCUGCAGCAGAUGGCGAGGCGGCUGCAGCAACAACGCAGCCAGGUGCAGCAGCAGCAGCAACAGCACCACCAGCAGCAGCAGAACCAGUGGCAGCAGCAGCAGCAGCAGCAGAACCAGUAGCAGCAGCAGCAGCAGCAGCAGCAGAUGUUCCAGCUGAAGCGCUGCCUGUCUGCAACGAAGUGCCUCCUGAGCUCGCUUCUUUCUAUCCGGAGAUUCCGAAGCGGCUCACAGACCAAGAACUCAUAGACUGGCUGGGCAAAAUGCUGCGGCUGUACGAGGGUUUAGGGAGCGUCUGGGCAAAGUGCUGCGGCUUUACGAGGGCACUUUCUGCUACCGAAACUUCACAAGAAAAAGUGAAACUCGGGAAGCUGCCUGGCUGCGACGAGCCGGUGGCUGUGGUGCGCCUGGAGGGCCAGUCUUUUCUUUACAACCAAAUUCGCAAAAUGAUGGGUGCUCUAGGGACUGGCCAUAGAGAUUUGCCGCCGCACGGCCCCCGUUGCUGCCUUUCGGCUGGCCACUUCUAA